AUGGAAGUAUAUCUGGGGUCUCACUGGACCUUUUCUAAUGAAAAUUUGGCUAAUGAAACGAUUUGUAAUUGUUCAACGAUGGGAACAUUUGGUAAAUAUUGCGAAUAUGACUUUUUCACGAAGGAUACAUUUGAAGAAACAGCUGAAUAUCAAUUUCAACUUAAACAACGCUUUCGUCACGGUAGUCAACUGUGGGGAAACAUCACUUGUUACACAACAUUGAAACAUUGUGACAGCGGACUUCUAUGUUUGGAUUGGCGGCAGAUUUGUGAUGGUAAGCAGCAGUGCACAGAUGGCGUUGAUGAAGAUCAUUGUGAAAUUCUGGAAUAUAAUGAAUGCGACGACAAAAAUGAAUAUCGAUGUUCAAAUGGAAUUUGCAUUCCUCAAGAAUAUUUUUUAGAUGGUGAAAAUGAUUGUCCAGAUGCAUCGGAUGAACAAUAUUUUGUUUUUCAUAUGGCUGAAGUAAUAGAAAAAGCAAGACAAUUUAUUGUCCUAUAUAUUCAUCGAGGUUUGAUUGCGACGAAAUCAUAG